UAUAUUGUCAGCUUCAUAGUUGUUCGUCCAUCGAUGAAAAUAUGCAGUGUUAUGUGAGCGAAUUCGUCAAUAGUGUUAUUGAAGAUGGCAGCAAUUGGAAUGGGCCAGAAACGAUCGCGAAGUGACCUUGAAGAAGACUGUGAUGAUUGUCUCCCGAUAUCUAAGAGGAUUAACAGACUACAUAUAAAGCCCACUAGACUAAGUGAAGAUGAUGAUCCUGCGAAACAGGCUCCGUGUGGUGAGUGCAGCACUCAGACCCGUGAAUGUCUGUCAGGCGAAACAUACUGGCCGGUCAACAACAUCCAGACACAACAGAGUCCAAUAGACAUGCUCACCUACAGGCAGGUGGAUGGCAGUGGCUCGCAGCAUAUGGAAAACAACAACAACAUUCCCGUGUGCAGUUCGGAGGUGCCAGGGCAGGUAGCGAGCGACGGAAUGGACGAUGUAAUGGUGUAUGACCCUGAACUGGAUGAGUCUGAAAACCCAUUCUACUUCCACUCGAACCACCUGCUGUUCAACGCCCACGUGUCCAGGACUACCAGGACUAAGUCCUUCCCUGACAGCUAGCACGGAGCAGUCCCUGGAUGAGUCGUCGGUGAUAGUAGUUCCGUUCAAGUGAUAUUAUUGAGCUUGUUUGUGAUAAUGUCUUCAGAGAUGCAAUCCCUACAGUUGAUGGUUAAAACAAGAAUUGUGUUGUUUACUGAUUUUCUGACUGUGUCAAUGGUUCAUAACUUUUAUUCUGCCUGAUGGUACACUAAAACAUAGAUUAAAGGGACUAUAUUGAGUUUGUAGCCAUUUUAUAAAGUUUUCAGGGGAAAAUUUUUUGAUUACAAUACAUUAUUAAAAUUAAAAUUUACUUACAUUUUUUUCCAUAAAAUAUGAAUAUCUCUAUUUUCAGUGCAUUGUUUGGGUAUCAUAAUGUUUUCUAGUAUCACAAUAUUGAGUUUUGUCUCAAAUAAUUUAUGAAUUUAUUUACAUGUAUGAAUUAAAAAAAAUUGGCAACAGCCAAAUGAAAUUUCAAAUAAUUUGACCAGAUGUCAUUCCAAAUGUGUUUAUCCAUAUAAUGCUUUAUAUUAAAACAUGUAAUGUUAAGACUGUUUUAAAACCAGGAAGAAGCAGGAUGUGUGUUUAAUGUAUUCGGAGGAACAGCGGAAAUCUCUCUAGGAGUAGGACUCAAAACUCAUGCAGGGCUGACACUGGAACACAUUUUGGUUUAGCCAAUUUAUAGAUAAGUAGAAAAUGUAAUUAAUGUAAUGACACUUUUAUGAGCCAAAGAGUAAAUGUUGUAUCCACUUUGUAUACAUAUGACUAAUUUGGCAGUGUACAGGGUGAGCCCUGAUUGGGAUAUAGUCCCUUUAACAGGAACACCAAGUAGUAAUAUAAACAGUCAAUAAAAGUUACUUGAGAAAGGCAAUGACAUGUCACAAACAGUGUCACAUGAUACAUGUCAGACUGAUGGAGCUGCAGGUUAGUGGUCUUGGAAAUUGUGUAAAGUCAUCAAAUAUAUACUUGAGUCGUGGAAAGUUAUUGACAGUGAAACUGAUUAAUAACUACAUUCCGUAUAUAACUGAUGAGCAGUUUGCAUCAACACAUUGUGAUUUUAUUUGAUUCUGUUAAUGGCAUGGGUUUCCCCAGACACAUAUAGUGUUACACCGUGUAGUAACCUGCGACAUGUUAAGUAUAUAGGUAAUUGUUUUUGCAUCGUAUUCACAAUGCCAAGGCAAACCUUCAUCAUAUAAAAGAAUAACAUAUCUACCAUAGUAUUCAGAAUUAUAUAUAUAUAUUGGUUGUCAUAGGAACUAAUUUAUUAAGCAAUCUCUGCUGUCUUCUUUGUCUCCGAUUUAAUAGAAGCUACUGGUAGUUUUUGUGGACAGUGUAAAAUACAGCAUUUCAAGUGAUAUUACAUUUUAAUGUUCUACUUCUUCAAUUUUUUAAAUGUAAUAAAAACCAAAAGAAAACAUAAAACUAGUGAUGGAACUAGGGAAAUACACUAAUUGCUUGGUUGUCGGUAAUAAUACAAAAAUAUAAUUAAAAUAUUUACUUCCUGAUAAAACUACAAAAAGACUAUUUACAACAAACUAUGUAUCAUUAUAAUAUAUUUUAAAACUGUAACAAUAUAAUUAUGGUUAUUUAUGCAAACAGAUGGGAAAAAAAACAACAUGAAAAGUAAUAAAAGUAGCAAUUGUGUAAUUAAAGAUUUGUAAUAUAUAUAUUUUUUUAAAAUAAAGUUUAGUAUUAUGGUACAUAUAGGCGCGACAUGUAUACAAUAUUAUGUUAGUUAGUUUUGCUUGACAUAGCGGCUAUUAGCCAUUUGCAUAAAAUUGUUCAUGUUUUAUUUAUGAGAUUGUUUUCACCAUUCAGCAUCAUUACAGGAAAGCUUUUUACUGUGUUGUUAAUUUGACAUAGUGAUAGUUUCUCAUUUCAUUGGUCCAUGUUUGUACAAGACAUAUAUACACAAAGUAUACUGUGGUGAAAUGCUUUUUUCUUAAUGUUUUUACUUCUAUCAGUGUUUUGAUGUUAUAAAUACUAGUCAACUUUUUAUUAGUGUUUAUUUUAGAAAAAGUUGGUAUUAAAAAUAAAGAAAUUUCAAUGAU